AUCGACCGUAACCCAAUGAGAAUUAGCCUACGGCGGCUGAAGUGCAACAUCUGAAACGAAACCGAACAACCGGCCCAGCAUGCAACAUUUCAAGCGAAAUGUGCGACAGCUAGUCCGUCUCAUCGUUCCGUUCUACCCGCCAGACACCAAUCGCUCUUCCUCCGCCUUGCCGUUUUAGCCGCCCACACGUUCGCGAAGCUCCUUGAGUGGAUAAUGGGAAUGGCGCCACCCCCGAUUCUAUUCGUCCUCGCGGCUCCAGCUUGUUCGUCUCGAAGGUGCCGCUUUUCCGACCGUGUUUGAAGCGGAAUGGGAAAUAGUUGCUUGAAACUGGACAGUGAAAGCUCGCCGCCAACCGCUUCCUCGAGCACUCAUGUUUGCUCUGGCGGCCUCAGGGGUCGGCUCAUGGCGGCCCUUGGAUCUGCUACAGGAGUGUACCUGAUCAGUUUCAUUCUGUCGCUUCGUUCCGAAUCGUGGAGACGCGUGUCGUUUGAAUAUGCUGUCCUGGCAUCGAGAACACACAUAUAAACGCUCUCUCAUUGCCAAGACUGUUGCCAAGAAUCUGUACAACCAGCAUCGUCCUUUUCUCUUUCAUCCAUUCUUUCUUUCUCUUCAGAGCGUUUUCCUUUCAAUUAAACCUAUUAUUUCAUCAACAAGAACAAGCGUGUCCGGCAACAUGAUGCUUCUUUCUCUUUUCUCCGCGAGUAUGCUGGCUCAUCUCACCCUCGUUUCCGGUCACCCUACUGCCCCGAGCGGCAACGAAUUUUCCGUGCGGCAGGUCAAGAAUCACAAGUUCACAAGAGACGGGCCCCAAGCGCUGGCCAAGGCAUACAUGAAAUAUGGCGCUACACUUCCCAAGUCUCUCGCCGCUGCCGUGCGUAACGGAAAGACUUUGCGCCGCCGCCGCAACGCCACGGGCAGCGCAGUGAACACUCCAGUUGAGAACGAUGCGGAGUGGUUGACGCCUGUCCAAAUUGGAACCCCCCCGAAGACGUUCCAGAUGGACUUCGAUACUGGGUCCUCGGAUCUCUGGGUAUACAGUUCCCAAGCUGCAGCCGCUGGCGGCCAGACCGACUAUGUCGCCGCGGACAGCAGCACCUCGAAGGCGUUGAACGGCGCCUCUUUUGAAAUCUCGUAUGGCGACGGAAGCGCCGCUGCGGGCCAUGUUGUCAAGGAACUGGUUUCCAUCGGAGGCCUCGCAGUCAACUCGCAAGCCGUCGAGGUUGCCGAUCAAGUCACUGCAUCUUUCUCCCAACAGGCGGACCUGGAUGGGUUGGUUGGGUUGGCUUUCAGCUCCAUCAACACCGUUCAGCCUCAGCAGCAGAGCACCUUCUUUGCAAAUGCCAACUCUGAGAGUGGUGUCGGGCUGUUCACCGCCGACCUACAGCAAGAUGCCCCUGGCACAUACAACUUCGGAUUCGUCAAUCAGUCGGCUUUCACCGGUGACAUUGCCUUUACUGCCAUCGACUCCUCGGCCGGCUUUUGGAACUUUACUUCCCCCGGAUUUGCCGUGGGCGAUGGCAACACUUCAAUCUCUUCAACACCCAUCUCCGGUAUUGCCGAUACCGGCACCACUCUUCUCCUCCUACCUGGGUCGGUCAACGACGCGUAUUACUCCCAGGUCCAAGGAGCGCAGCUGGAUCAGACGGCGGGUGGCUUCACAUUUCCUUGCGAUGCGAAGCUCCCUGACUUUACCUUUGGAGUUGGCAACGGAACCGUCACAAUCCCUGGUUCGUUCAUGAACUUUGCUGCUCUUCAAAGCACAGCCUCGUCCAGAAUGGGCAAAAGGGGUAGGAAAUUCCAUCCCUCCAAGGCUUUUACAGCCCAGGCGGCCGAUGCGGGCACGUGUUUCGGUGGUAUGCAAUCAAGCGACGCUGUGGGCACCAACAUCUUUGGAGAUAUUGCUUUGAAGUCUGCCUUUGUGGUUUUUGAUGGAGCGAACUCGCAGAUAGGAUUUGCGAAGAAGGAUCUGCCAGCAGCUUAGUAGCAGUAGCGAUAUCUCCUUUGGGAUGGCACUUAUUUUAGCCAUUAAUUGAGUUCGUUUGUUGGA